AUGCCUCGCAAGACAACCUCCUUCACGGAAGACGGCGAGCGAGAGAGACGCGCGGAACGCAAGCGCUUGCGAACUUCCUGGCGUACAGACGCCACGGAAAAGGACAAGAAGGCCGCCCUCAAUAUGGCCGUUGGCAGGCUAGGCGGGAAAAAAUAUUCCUGGAUGGAUCAGGCGGCCAGCACUCAAACAAGUGCAAGUAAUGCCCCUGCCACCAGUGGAAUCAACGGCACGGUGAGCUCGAUCGGCCGUCAAUCUACAAAAGACGUCGAGAAGCCCGUAGCAAAGAACAAUAAAGGGGACGCUGAAAAGGAAGCUGAGCAAGAGCUCGUGGAGGACUCUGGGGACGAGUUCGCGAAGGAACUCGAGGAUGAGCUUACGAAGGAGCUCGAAGACCAGCUUGCGAAGGAGCUGGAAGAAGAGCUUACGAAAGAGCUGGGAGAAGAGCUCAUGAAUGACAUCGACAACACUGUCGCCGAAAGUCAAAAGGCUUCAGUGGUCGAGAAGGUUGACAACACCAUCAAAUCUCACCUUCCGACGCCCGCAUCGUCGCCUACUCAGCCUGUUGUGGAAGACGAAGUCCCUGUGUCCAAAGCUUCGUCAGAGGGUGUCCAGCCCACCAAUGAGCCCACCAAGAAGCGAAAGAGGGGCACCGCAGAGGAGCCCAUCGCGAUCUCCUCACGGGAGGCGAGCCCAAUCGUCCUCUCGUCCCGCGAUGGGUCCCCGGCUGCUACCCCUCAGCCCCCGAAGGCAAAGCGGGUCAAAAAGACACCCAAGCCGCAGAUUGAGGAGGAAUUAGCGGACGAGUUGGAAGAGGCAUUUAAUGAGGAGGAAGAGAAGGAGGAACUAUACCUCAUUCUCGACUACGCUUGGGCUUUCAUGACCAUCUAG